AUGUUUUUCCGCUUGCUGCCUGACAAAACCCUUGAAUUCAAGGAUAUAUUAGACUCUCAUGGCGGCAAGAAAAAUAAGGAAAGAUUAACCGCUAUGGUGUGUGCUAAUAUGGAAGGCACAGACAGGCUGCCGCUCCUUGUGAUUGGAAAGUCCGCCAAUCCUCGCUGCUUCAAGAACGUCCGGUCCCUUCCCGUGGAGUACAACACCAACAAGAAAGCCUGGAUGACCGUAGACAUCUUCUCUACCUGGGUCAAACAGCUCGACAAGAAGAUGAAGAGAAAGAAACGAAAGACUGCCCUUGUCAUCGACAACUGUCCGGCUCACCCAAAGAUCCCCGCGCUGCAGUCCAUAGAGCUGAUAUUUCUGCCACCCAAUACAACAUCCAAGACCCAGCCCAUGGACCAGGGAAUAAUCCAGAAUAUGAAGCAUGCUGGUUUCGCCAACAGUACCACAGCAGAGGCCGAGGAAGAAGAUGAUGACUUUGACAUUGACGAUAACAUCCUUUUGUCGAGAUUACGAGACCAUGGCCUGACCCCCGAUGUCCUGCAGCAGUUUACCAACGCCGACAACGCACUUCCGACAUGUGCCGACUUAACAGACGAUGACAUCUUAGAGGAAGUCUGA